UAAUUCAAUUGUCUGUCAAUGUGACGACAUUAACCCGUCCGAAAUUACCGAUAGGGGGCUGAACAGAGGUGCGAGCAAGCUACUUACUCAUUUGAACUUGGCGGUCGACUUGAAACAGUGGAGAGUGCAUUUGUUGUACACCUUCAAACACAUCAACGGCAAAAUGGAAUCAAACGAAGAACAGCAGUCGUCUCCUCAGGAAGUGAAGCCUAAGGUAGAAGAGGCUGAUCAGCAGGAGCAGCAGCAACCGCUCCCUACCACUGUCAUAAGAAGACGUGUCAUCUGCGAUGAAGGAACAAUUGUCGAGAAUAACGAGGAGCAACCUACAGAAGUUUCCACGGAAGAAGUAGUGAAAACUUCUUCUACACCUCAAGAACAGAGUCCCACGGACCAAAAGCAGGAAACAGAAUCUGGACAGUAUCCGGAACUACUUCAAACUGAAUCCCAGGAGCAGUUCACUGAAACCAAGACUUACGCUGUAGAGGUUAUAGCUCAGGAACCGUAUCAAAAUCAAAGUGACUACCAGCAAGAUAUAGGAUACACGACGGUGCAAAUCGAACAACUCCCGAGUACCGUUGAGACUCAGGCUGAUUACGCCAAUUUGGAAACGGCUCAGUAUAACAACGGCUAUACGAAUGGACCUCAAUAUUUGACCCAACAUCAGUAUCAAGAUAUGUACAGCAUCGAAAGAGCUGCAGGAGAAAGUCCUCCCGCUAAUACGCUGCUCUACAGGGACAAUGAUCCGAAUUUGGCUUCUUCUAGAUACCAGAACAGCUUCGAUGUAUCUAGUUCUCAGCAGCAAUCUCAGGUGAAUCUGAUCCAGCCUGGAGACACAUAUUACAACAGCACUGCAAACUGGACCCCUACCAACGCCUCGUACCAACAGUACCAGGGUAGUACCAACAUGAAUAUUAGUUUACACCAGCCGGACAGCACUCAAACUUAUACGGGAUACACAAACGCCACCUGGUCGCACGGCACCAUGGAGGAUGCCCAGCCUCAUCGAACAGCAAGCCAAGAGGUACUAGUGAAAGAGUGCGUAAAUUGCGGCGCUAGUGUUACCCCCCUUUGGCGUAGAGACGGUACCGGUCAUUAUCUCUGUAAUGCGUGUGGUUUGUACCAUAAAAUUAAUGGUGUGCACAGACCACCAGUUAGGCCUACCAAAAAACCACAGGCGACUGGGAAUCGAAGAAAUGGAAUAUCAUGUGCCAACUGCAAAACCCAAAAUACUACCCUGUGGAGAAGAAACAAUCAGGGGGAACCAGUUUGUAAUGCCUGCGGACUGUAUUAUAAAUUACACAGUGUUAACAGGCCACUGAGUAUGAAGAAAGAUGGAAUUCAGACCCGUAAGAGAAGACCAAAGAAUUCUUCUGCUGCAAACGCUUCAGCCUCAAGUCACCAUCUGCAAAGAAUACCUGUGCAGUACAAUUAUAAUGCUCAAGAAAUCGAACUGCCACCCGAUCAAUAUCAGCUGCCAAUGACAGCAACAUUAUACCAGCAGCAACAGCAGCAACCGCAAGCUUACAGACAAUUUACUGUGGAACAGCUAAGCCGGCACCUUUCCAACAUACCACCGCUGCAACCAGUAAUUGCAGAAGUAGAACAAGCCAGUGUCAUAACGUCCACUUCACAACAAACCCGAUUCAGACAGGAGACUGAAGAUGACGAUGGUAGCAGCAAUCCACCAUCGGCAUCUUAAAUGUUCUUAAUCUACAUGCAGCAGAAAACUCGAAAACAAUUAUGAUUUUAUGAAAAUUCUACAUAGAAUAUAUGCCGUCGUCCUUAUCAUACUACUAGUUAUAGCUAUGUUUAUAUGAUUAGAUUGAUAUUUAUAAACACCUAUUGAAUAGGAAAUCAGUCAUUAGAAUACCUGUAUGCUUGUAAAUUAUUAUAUUCAUUGACAUAAUAUUAUAGCAAUAAUAUUAUAGCAAAUGAGUUCGGGGGGUGUAAAUAGCUAAAUACAACAUAAAAAUUAUUUUUAUAGAAAUAGUUCACCAAAAUUACCUUUUUUUAUUUUACUUAAUAUACAGCUCGAAAAAUAUCAUUUAGUGCAUAAGUACUUUAAAUGAAGAAGUAAACUAGAAAUAUACUGAAUGACAAAAAUAUAAGUGGUAAAAUACAAUACUUAUCUUUUUAGAAGAUAAUUAGGAUUUCAAUUUUGGAGAUUGCGUUUUUCGUCAUAAAUCGUUUUCCAGGAAAAACAUCAUUAAUCUUAUUAUACAGUUUAAUUUGCUACUGCAUUAGAUAGGUAUGUAUUUUUAUGUUUUCGUUUUACUUACUUUUCAGUACUAAAAUGCUUUAGAUUACUAAAUAAAUUUAAUUUAGUAACCUAUAAAAGCCUAAAAAUUGCCUACAAAAAAUUUAUUUGAACCAAAGAUUCUGCUGCGGGAAAAUCCAGCGGCUUCAUAAGGUUAUUGGAUUCUCUUGCAUUCACUUGUAUAUUUCUCACUAGGAUCUACCAUUCGUUAUUUCUUCUAAUUGUCUCGUAACAAUCAGAAGUAAAUAAUAAGGAAUUAAAUGAAAAAUCAAUUAGUUUAAAAAUGAUUUUCUUUUUGCAUUGUUUUCAUUUAGAUCGGAAUAACUAGCUCGAUAACUAGUCAUCAAAAUACUUACAUAUACCUAAUUAAAUUAUGCCUAUGUGCUUAUAAGCAUAUAUUGUAAAUAAAAAGGACUUAUGGAUUAUAAUUGGAUUUGUAGGUGCACACUUUAUAUUCUUAAUGCGUAACUGUGUAACUUGUUACUACUUAAUUGUUUAUGUAUGUAUGUACGUAUGUUAUAUCAAAUUCUAGAAAAGAUUUUGACAUAUCCAACUCUACGCAUUUCAAUGGUGUUUAUGCUCAUAAUGGUCCUGAUGUAUGUAACCUUUUCUCAUCUUACUUUCAAAGUGUUUAUGAAUUAUAGUACAAAAACCACUUCAAAUAUAUAAUUGCGCAAAUAGGAAUGGAUGUAAUAGUAUUUAUUUAGUACAAAUAACAGAGUAUUUGUUAUUAGAUAAAGUGGAUGAUAUAAAUCCAAAUAAAGGAGCUAGAGUUGAUGGCUUACCUGCUUUUGUAAAAAACUGUGCCCCGGCUUUGCAUGUACCUCUGUCAUUAAUAUUUAAUAAAUCUCUUAAUCUAGGGAAAUUUCCAACUUUAUGGAAAGCUUAUUUAAUUCCUAUAUAUAAAAAUUCAGAAGAUAAAAAUUGCGUUAAUAAUUAUAGAAGUAUAAGUAAUAGGAUGUAUUUAGUGAAUUAUUUGAAUCGAUUAUAUACGAUAGUCUUUUUAAUACGCUAUUAUGGUUGAACAACAUGGCUUCUUUUCUAAAAAAUCAAUCUAAUUAUGUUACAAUGAAUACAUUCGUAGUGUUGUGGACCUUGUGAGCCUUUGAUAAAAUUGAUCACAAUAUUUUGAUAGCUAAAUUGGCGGAUAUCGGUAUACAUGGUGAUCUGUUGCUUUGGUUUGCCUCAUUUAUAUAUAGAUCUCAAAUAGUUCUAGUCAAUAAUUUCAAAUCUGACCCAAUAUUUAUAACUCCUGGUAUGCCACAAGGUUCACAUUUAGGUCCGUUAGUAUUUCUUAUAUAUAUUAAUACUAUUGGUAAUUUUAUUCAUUAUUGUAGGUUCCUUUUAUAUUCAACUAAUUCAAACUGACAUGAAUAGUAUUGUCCGGUACUGCACAAACAAUAAAUUAACUUUAAACAUAGCAAAGUUUUAUUGUAUUAGUUUCACGAAAAACUAUGUUUUUGAUGCUAAUUAUUUUAUAAAAAUAGUGCAUAGGUUAAUGUUUAGGAGUGUUAUUUGAUAGUAAGAUGAGUUUUGGUCCACAUAUAGAUCAUAUUUGCAACAAGUGCAAUAAAAUGUUAGGUUUUAUAAUAAGAACAUGUAAUGAUUUUGGGCACGUAAAGUCAAUAAAAUCCUUGUAUUAUGCUCAUAUUUACAGUAGGUUAAAUUUUGAGAGUAUUUUCUGGAACCCCACUUAUAACAUAUACAAACUUAGAUUAGAAAUAUUGCAAAACAUAUUCGCCCGUUACUUAAAUUUUAGAAUAAAUGGCAUCUAUGUUCCUAAUAUCACAGUGACAAAACAAACAUUUAAAUUAACUACGCUAGCGAGCCGAAGAUUUCAGUCAGACCUCUUAUUUUUAUUCAAAUUGCUCAACAACUUGAUCGAUUCUCCUGAACUUCUAUCUUUGUUAAACUUUCACGUUCCAUCUAUAAAUACUAGAAAUAAUUAUUUAUUCGAUAUAAAUUUUUGAAAAACUAAUUUAGGUAUAAAUAAUUUAGGUAGAAUAACGUCGUCCUUUAACAGUUAUUUAUCAAAUGGAUGUGUACUGUCAUUAUCAUUUUAUACUUUUGAAAAUUAUGUUAAACGUUUAGAAAUGUAAUUGUGCGCCUUGUCUUUCUUUUUUAUUUUAUUUUUUUUUUAAUUCAUUUAAAUUGAACUGUUUUGUGUGUGUGUAGUGUGUGUGUGUAUAUGUCUAUUUUGUAGUAGGUACUGUGUUCACUCUGUUUUGAUCAACUAAAUUGUUAUGUUUUUUAUGUAUUUUAGAAUAAGAUAUUUUCCAUCUUUUAUUAACAAAUUGGUAGAAACUGUUGUGGGUUUAAAACCUGUAGCUUUCCCUAAACUGUAA